ACGCUAUUGAUCUCGGACAACCUCGGAGAAAGAGAUUAGCGAGGAGGGAGAGAUUACGUUUUCUCAUAAUGUCAUCGAAGUCCAAUUGAAUGAAUUGUCCGAUACGUUAUCAAUUUAACAGUGCAGCAAUAAAAAACAGGCCUAUUAUCAAUUGUCAACCUACGCUCUUUCCCACGUGGUCACUAACAUAGACUCAGUGCCGCGAAUUGCGCGAAUGCAAAUAUUGUUGUGGGACCUUGUAUUUGUUUUCGCGGACCGACGGAUAUGGCAGACUCAAAACCAGAUGACGAAUUGGACUGGGUGAAAAUACGUGAAGAUCUGGAUGACAAUUAUAUUACAGAGACGUUUUUUCAGAAGGCGAAACGUAAAACGCGAGAGAAUCCGCUGGUACCGAUAGGAACAUUCGCGACUGUUACAGCCCUAAUGCAACAAUACAUGAUGCGUGCUCGUGUUGGUGCUCAAGCACUUACUAUCGUUAGCGUAAUCGCAGGAUUUAUCAUGCUGCCCAAGUCAAAAUGAAAUUAAUAUGUUGAUUUACAAAUCAAUGCCAAGUUUCUACUAUAGUAUUAGGCUUG